AUGACGCUGCCCAAAGUUCUGCUGCGUAGUAUGCUUCCGCAGUUUCUUGCACCCAUCAUCCCUCGCUUGGUUCUCAUCGGAUUCCGCUACGCUCAGCCGGUUCUCAUCGGUACUGUCAUUCGUUCCAUCAGCAAGUCAUCCGAGGAAUCUCAAGAUGGAGGGUAUUUGGUUGUGUCGAUGGCUGUCUUCGUCUAUGUGGGUUUGGCUAUCGCGAGGACUGCCUACCAGCACAGUCUCAACCGCCUCAAGAUUAUGAUCAGGGGCGCUGUUGUUGGUCUCCUCAACAACAAGCAGCUCAAUCAUCAGUCUGCUGGCUACGACGAUGCAAGGGCGGUUACUUUGAUGAGUACAGACGCAGACAACGUGGUUCAGUCGGCUUCCAUGUUCCACGAGACGUGGGCGCAGAUCAUCGAGGUAAUUAUAGGCACUGUGAUGCUGGCUCGACGAGUGGGAUGGGUUUGCGCGGUUCCGUUUGUCAUGAUCUUUUUCUGCUCUCGAGUGAGUCGAUAUCUGGCAAAGAACCUCCAGAGCAAGCAAAAGGAUUGGUCCGUAGCUACUCAGAACCGAAUCGCCAUGACCACGUCUAUGCUUGGCUCGGUCAAGAGUCUGAAGAUGCUUGGGAUCGUAGACCAUACGGAAUCUCUGAUCCUCUCCUUACGCCUUUGGGAGCUAGAAAUGGCCAAGAAAGUCCGGUGGAUGAUGGUCGCUUAUAACGCAAGUGCAAACGCUCUCGGUAUCUUCGCCCCCAUUCUCACGCUCGUUCUGUACGUGAUCGUAGCGAGACUUAAUGGCUCCGCACUCGAUGUUGAGACCGCCUUCACAACUACGGCGCUACUCGGCUUGGUGACGCACCCUGCCAACAUGAUUAUGACCAUCGUGCCGCAAGCUGUGGGCUCGCUGGCGGCUUUUGAACGAAUUCAGCAAUAUCUCUCUGAGCCAUCCCGAGAGGACCAAAGACUUCUUUUCGAUAAAGCAGAAGAGAGCCUCGUCAACAUUUCGCCCGCCAUGUCUUUAGAAGACGUCACUAUCCAGGGACUCACUACAUCGAAACCUCCGAUCCUCGGCAAUCUCAACCUCGUCAUUGACAAGGGUUCUAUAGUUAUGUGCUCUGGUCCCGUUGGGUGCGGCAAAACGACGCUUGUCCGAGCCCUCUUGGGUGAGGUUCUCACAGCUUCUGGGACGAUAUCUGUGUCAACGAAGAGGAUCGGAUACUGCGAGCAGUCUCCUUGGCUGCCGAGCGGAACUCUCAAACAAGCAGUCUGCGGAUUUUCUCCCGAGGAGCCAAGCUGGUAUCAGGAGGUGAUUCAGCUAUGCUGUCUCGGUGAGGACCUCCUGGCACUUCCCGGCGGAGACAACACCGUGAUAGGAAGUCGAGGCUUGAACCUUUCUGGAGGACAACGGCAGCGAGUGUUCGCAGACAAGCUGAUUAUUCUCGGUGGUGGAGCUCUUGCGUAUCAGGGGACUUGGGAUGGUCUGAAGCAGCAUCCCAAGUACUCCUCAGUUGAAAUUGAUAUUGAGGGUUCGAAGAGCGACACGGUCGUGGAGCAGCCCCAAGUGAACAAGACCGUGCAGAGCCAGAAUUUGAAGAUGGCCGAGGCUGUUUCUGAUCUCAGCAGGGCAACGGGAGACAUCUCUCUUUAUGAAUACUAUUUCCGGGCUGUAGGCUUUCAGCAUAUCCUACUACUCCUCGCUUGCACCUCAACAUACUCUUUCUUCGUAACGUUCCCUCAGUACUGGUUGCAAAAGUGGACAGAGGCGCCAGUAUCCCAGACAACAUUCUAUAUUUGCGGCUACCUCAUCUCGUCUUUACUCGCAUGGAUCGCUACCAGCGGUACGAUGUGGUCAACCCAGAUCCUGAUUGCACCCUCUUCCGGCAUCGAACUGCACCGCCGCCUACUCUCAACUAUCAUUGGGUUCAGCCAGGAUAUACAACUGGUAGAUAAGCAGUUGCCGCCAGCCAUUAUGUCCAUAUCGAAUCAGGUCUUCAAGCUGCUCGUACAGGUGGUGCUGUUAUUCAGCGCACAAAAGCUGCUGGCUUUAUCGCUUCCCCUCUGCGCCGCGGUUGUGUAUCUCGUGCAACGGGUGUACUUACGCACCUCGCGACAAUUGCGUCUGCUAGAUCUCGAGUCCCAGUCGGCAGUCUACUCGAGCUUCCUCGAAUCGUUUGAGGGCGUCACGACCAUCCGAGCCUUUGGUUGGGAGAAACAAGCCGAGCACGCCAACGUGGUCUGUCUUGAUAAGUCGCAGAAGCCAGCCUACAUCCUCUUAUGUCUUCAACAGUGGCUGGGCAUCGUUUUGGAUCUCAUGGUUGCUGCGAUUGCCACCGGCCUCAUCACACUUGCAGUUUUUGUGAGGGGAACGACGACGGCCGGUCAGAUUGGUAUGGCGUUGAACAUUGUGUUGGUUGCGAACACGACGCUUCUCAGCCUCGUGACAUCUUGGACGAACAUGGAGAUUUCCCUAGGUGCCAUAUCUCGCCUGAAGACCUUGGAGGCUGAUACGCCGAAAGAGGAUCAGCCGCACGAGGACUUUGUGCCCACGGAGGCGUGGCCGCCAUCUGGAUCUGUUGCAUUUGACAAGGUCACCGUCUCAUACAACUCCGACGCAGUAGCUUUGCGGGACAUUACCUUGGAGGUCUCUCCAGGCCAACAGUUGAUCGUUUGCGGUCGAACGGGCAGCGGCAAAAGCACCUUGCUACUCACACUCCUACGUCUUCUCGAUACGGACGCUGGAAGCAUCAAGAUCGACGGGGUCGACCUACGUCUCGUGCCACGUUCUCUGAUUCGACAGAAGUGCUUCAUUACGGUUUCUCAAGACUCAUUCAUCCUGGGACAUGCCAGUCUCCGCUUCAAUCUCGAUGUGCGAUUCUCUGUCCAAAUUUCGUGA